AGAACAUGGCCUCUUAAUUCCUCUCUCAAGGCCCAAUACGAUUGGGCCCGUCAUCUCCGACGACCCCGCGCUCUCUCGGACGGGCAACCUUUUUAGACGACGAGCGAGCCAUCGACCGGCGUCUCCGCUUCCUCCGUGCUUUUGAAAUUUCCCCGCCACCACUUCUCUACUCCAACUCCACCGUCUUCGUCUCGACUCACCAUUCAACACUCACCAUCCUGUUUCAGGCCUUCUUCACAUCGGAAGUCGCUGAUUUCGACUACCUCCAAUUUCGCCUCGGAAAACCAAGCCAACAAUCGAGCGAACAGACACUGUCGACUCGUCUGAGAUGUUUUUGCAGUGCUGAUAUCAUAGGCGGGGUCGGGGAAUUCUGUAAGCAUGGGAGACUUGACUAGGGAGGAUGCCGGUAACAUGCUUCGUAUACUCGUGGCUACAGACUGUCAUCUGGGCUACAUGGAGAAGGAUGAAGUGCGGCGGCAUGAUUCCUUCCAGGCAUUCGAAGAGAUCUGCUCUAUAGCUGAGAAAAAGAAGGUGGAUUUCUUACUUCUAGGUGGCGAUCUUUUCCAUGAGAACAAACCCUCAAGAUCAACAUUAGUAAAGGCCAUUGAGAUUCUUCGUCGCUAUUGUCUCAACGACCGGCCAGUGCAAUUUGAAGUUGUUAGCGACCAGACCAUAAAUUUUCAAAAUAUAUUCGGCCAUGUAAAUUAUGAAGACCCUCACUUCAAUGUUGGCUUGCCAGUCUUCAGCAUCCAUGGAAAUCAUGAUGAUCCGGCUGGAGUGGAUAAUCUUUCUGCCAUUGAUAUUCUGUCCACAUGCAAUCUUGUGAACUAUUUUGGGAAAAUGGUCCUUGGUGGUUCUGGUGUUGGAGAGAUUACUCUUAGCCCAAUUCUUAUAAGGAAGGGUGCAACAACUGUAGCCCUUUAUGGUCUUGGCAACAUUAGGGAUGAACGACUCAAUAGAAUGUUUCAGACGCCUCAUGCUGUUCAGUGGAUGCGGCCCGAACCUCAGGAAGGGUGUCAAGUUUCAGACUGGUUUAACAUUCUUGUCCUUCAUCAAAACAGAGUGAAAACAAAUCCUAAGAAUGCAAUAAAUGAGCACUUCUUACCACGCUUCCUGGAUUUUAUAGUAUGGGGCCAUGAACAUGAAUGUAUAAUUGAUCCUCAGGAAGUUCCUGGGAUGGGAUUUCACAUCACACAGCCAGGUUCAUCUAUUGCAACUUCGUUGAUUGAUGGGGAAUCUAAACCGAAGCAUGUACUUCUCCUUGAAAUUAAGGGUAAUCAGUACCGACCAACCAAGAUUCCUUUGACCUCAAUCAGGCCUUUUGAAUAUGCAGAGGUUGUGUUGAAGGAUGUUACUGACAUUGAUCCGAAUGACCAGAGUUCAAUUCUUGAGCAUCUGGACAAAGUGGUCAGAAAUCUGAUUGAGAAGUCUAGCAAAAAGGCAGCUAAUAUGUCUGAGCUGAAACUUCCAUUAAUACGGAUAAAGGUGGAUUACUCUGGAUUUAUGACGAUAAAUCCUCAGAGGUUUGGACAAAAGUAUGUUGGAAAGGUUGCUAAUCCUCAAGAUAUCUUGAUCUUCUCUAAGGCUUCAAGAAAGGGUCGGAGUGAAAGUGCAAAAUUUGAUGAUUCUGAGCGACUUCGCCCUGAGGAGCUAAAUCAACAAAACAUAGAGGCACUUGUUGCCGAGAAUAAUCUGAAAAUGGAGAUACUUCCAGUCAAUGAUCUGGAUAAAGCGUUACACGAAUUUGUCAAUAAGGACGAUAAAAUGGCAUUUUAUUCUUGCGUGCAAGUAAAUCUUGAAGAAACUCGUAACAAAAUUUCUAGGGAUUCCGAUACCUUGAACUGCGAGGAGGAGCAUCUAAUUCUUAAAGUCGGCGAGUGUUUGGAGGAUCGCGUUAAGGAACGUUCUGUACAUCCCAGUGACACCCCACGUGGAACAUCCAGUGCAACAUCUGUGGAGGCUGCUAGAAAUAGGAGUGCUGCAGGAAUAGGAAGCGCAGUUUCUUUUAGUGAUGAUGAGGACACAGCAGAGAUCUCAAAAUCUGCCACCAGAGGCCAGAGGGGAUCAUUGGGAGUUUCUAGAUCCUCCCGUGCUACUUCAGAUGUUGGAAGAGGGAAAACUUCUUCAAGAGCAAGGGGCAGGGGAAGAGGAUCCAAUUUGAAGCAAACUACUCUUGAUUCAGCUUUGGGAUCUCGCCGACGUGAAAGCACCUCUGCAUCAGGGGCUGCGAAAAAUACUGCCAGAAGUAUUCUUGAUGAUGAGGAAGAAUUAAGUCCUGCCUCUAGUGAAGAAACAGGAAGACAUGUGAGCAAGGAUCCCAUGGAAAGCUCAGGAAGUGAUGAGAAUCUGCAAGGAAAAGGACGCAAAAGAGCUGCUCCACGGGGAAGGGGUAGAGGUACAGGAGCAUCUUCCAAGCGUGGCAGAAAAACUGACAAUUCUUCAAUUAACAGAAUGCUCUCAAGCAAUAAUGACGAUGAUGAUGAAGAUGAUGUGGGAAAGAGACCAAAUAAGUCGCAAACCAGGGUAACGAGAAACUAUGGAGCAUUGAGAAGAUGAGAUACGAUGGUUCUAGGCCUUGUCACCAGUGCCUUCUCAUGCUGCAUCCAUUCCAUAGUGAGAAGCAGUGCAUAAUAAACUUUUGACGUAUAUGCUUCUUGAUUGAUGAAUAGAAGUCAAUGUGCUUGAUUUUACAUGCUCUUACUACGGUUCAGGGGAUGCCAGAGUUGCUCCGUUUUCACAGGACGAUCUUCUAAGGCUAUAGUGAGGAAUCCCCAUCUCUGAGUUUGUUGAGUAGUGCAUACUAUUAGUAAUGACAGAUUAUGUAAAUUUGACUGAGUACAUGGCUUAUGCAGGAGGUUUAUCUUGCAAUGGUAUCUAUUGUGCUUGUUGCUUGGA